GAGAGUGAGAUAGAGAUUCUUUGGCUGUGCAUUUCUCGGUGGUGCUUCAUGUGAAUAAUAUAUGUUCUAGAGAAUUCACAUAUUGCUUUAGUAUCUAGGCUGAAUUGUGGCCCUUUAUGGCACCGAAACACUAAGCCGGAAGCAGGUGGAAGCGCAAUUGAUUAAUGCCAAGGUAAAUGAGGGUCUCAGAAAUCGUUUAAGAACUCCCAUAAGGGUUACCUUUUCACACCUUGUCACAUAUUGUAUACGAUGUUUGGACUUUUUAAACGAGGAUAUGCUCGGACGCGACUAAAGUGUGGAGCCGCCCUUUGCUUCAAGGCCGUUGGUGGGUGGAAUUGUGUAUUAUAUUGUACGAGUGGAUAUAAAUAACAUUGCUUCCAACUUUCCUGCUGGCGUGCAUUUGUUCGUAAUUUGAUUGGAUUAUAUCAGCAGUUACUACAACGCAGCAAGUAAGUAUUGGCUAUGAAUUUUGAAAUCAAUCAAUAAAUAUAUGACAUAAAAAUAAAAAUAAAUGCUAAACAUCACAAGCACCCAAGCAAAACCUUUUUUGAAAGGUAAAAUACUAAUGAUAUUAAUAACAACAAAAACGAUAAUAAGAAUAAUCAUCAAAAGAUAAAAAUCGUAAACAUUACAAUGAUUAAUUUCCCUCAGAUCGACCCAUCUCGACACCAUGAAGAAACGCCAUCUGUUGGCCUUCGUGCUGUCUCUAACGGGCCUGUUGUCCCUAACGCUAAGCACUCCAUCCGUUUGGUAUGUGAGUCAUGCAGAGAAGUCACAGAAACUUAUUCUGAUUGAAGGAGCCAAGAUGCAGACGUCAUAUAGCCUGCUUACUGCUGACUCGCUGUGCACGUGUCGGCGGCAGUGUACAACAUUGUCGAAGUGUGUUGCUGCCUCCUUUAUUGCUUGGAACGCCAGCAACGAAUGCCAGCUUAGCACUGCAGAUAUCAACAACACCCACUUCACUCUACAGAAAGACGCUUGGCUCAUGAUGUGGAGGGGUGAGUACUGUGUAACACGCAUUUGAUUUUAACUUGUGUUACAUGUUAAUGAUAAAAGAUUCAGAGAUUGUGGAAAGAUAGCAGCCCACCCGCUCUCCCUUUUACACUUGAAACUAAAGGCUCAUUUAAAACAUCUCCGAAAUCCCUGUCACUUUGAUACAUCCUCAGACAUGUUUGCCCAUUACAAUCUGAAAAGGUUUGUCAACAGAUUCCAAUAAUAGAAUCAACAGGUUCCAACAAUGGAAUCAACA